CGCAGGCAGACAGGCAACCUCUGCCGACUGUCUGCCUUUCUAUCACAAAUGCACCAGCAGUGAUUUAAGUAUUUAUUUUUUUUUUCGCAUGUAGGUAUUCCUUAGCAAACUAUUAGCUCGUCUACUGUGUGGAAAAUGGGCGUACUUCACCGUUACAUGAUUUUUUUGCUCUGUGGAGCGCUACACUCUGCGACAAGUUUCUAUCUUCCGGGUUUGGCCCCUGUCAGUUUUUGCGAACAGGAGAAAGACAAAGAAGUUCCAGACUGCAAGUCGACAAUUGAGCUGUUUGUGAACAGACUGGAUUCGGUUGAGUCGGUGUUACCAUAUGAAUAUACAGCGUUUGAUUUCUGCUCCAGCGGGACAGAGAAGAGACCGUCAGAGAACCUGGGUCAGGUCUUGUUCGGAGAGAGAAUCGAGCCGUCGCCGUACAAGUUUUCAUUCAAAAAGAAGGUGGAGUGUAAACAUGUCUGCACAAAAUCGUACGACACAAACAAGGCUGAGGACAAAGCCAACCUGGACUUCCUCAAGAAGGGCAUGCUGCUCAACUACCAGCACCACUGGAUUGUGGACAACAUGCCGGUGACCUGGUGCUACGACGUGGAGGACAACCAGAAGUUCUGCAAUCCGGGUUUUCCGAUCGGAUGCUACGUCACGGAGACCGGCCGACCCAAAGACGCCUGCGUGGUCAACUCGGAUUUCAACGACAAAGACACCUUCUACAUCUUCAACCACGUUGACAUCACCAUUCACUACCACGUCGUAGAUGGAGAUGAGAGAGCUGGAGCUCGACUUGUAGCAGCUAAAAUGGAGCCAAAGAGUUUUAAACACACCAAGGUGGACACUCCAGACUGCACUGGGGCACCGAUGUCCCUGAACAACAAGUUCACUGGAGAGAUUAAGAUCCCGUACACCUACUCUGUGCAGUUUGUGGAGGAUCCAAACAUUCGAUGGGCCUCGAGAUGGGACUACAUACUGGAGUCGAUGCCCCACACCAACAUUCAGUGGUUUAGUAUAAUGAACUCCCUGGUGAUCGUGCUCUUCCUGUCGGGUAUGGUGGCCAUGAUCAUGCUGAGGACUCUACAUAAGGACAUCGCCCGCUACAACCAGAUGGAUUCAGUGGAGGACGCUCAGGAGGAAUUUGGCUGGAAACUGGUGCACGGGGACGUGUUCAGGCCUCCUCGGAAAGGGAUGCUGCUGUCCGUGUUCCUGGGCUCGGGAACUCAGAUCUUCAUCAUGACCUUCGUCACCCUCUUCUUUGCGUGUCUUGGUUUCCUGUCUCCAGCCAAUCGCGGCGCUCUGAUGACCUGUGCCGUGGUUCUGUGGGUUCUCCUGGGUACUCCAGCCGGCUACGUGGCCGCCCGCUUCUACAAGUCGUUCGGUGGAGAGAAAUGGAAGACCAACGUUCUUCUCACCGCCUUCCUGUGCCCAGGGGUGGUGUUUGCAGACUUUUUCCUGAUGAACCUGAUCCUGUGGGGUGAGGGGUCAUCUGCGGCCAUGCCCUUUGGAACCCUGGUGGCCAUCUUGGCUCUGUGGUUCUGCAUUUCGGUCCCGCUCACCUUCAUUGGCGCCUACUUUGGCUUCAAGAAGGCUGCCAUUGAGCACCCCGUCCGCACCAAUCAGAUUCCGAGGCAGAUUCCGGAACAGUCCUUCUACACCAAACCGCUUCCCGGGAUCAUUAUGGGCGGAAUCCUGCCGUUCGGGUGCAUCUUCAUCCAGCUCUUUUUCAUCCUCAACAGCAUCUGGUCCCACCAAAUGUAUUACAUGUUUGGCUUCCUCUUCCUCGUCUUCAUCAUCUUGGUGAUCACCUGCUCUGAGGCCACCAUCCUACUCUGUUAUUUCCACCUGUGCGCUGAGGAUUAUCAUUGGCAGUGGCGUUCCUUCCUGACCAGUGGCUUUACAGCGGCCUAUUUCCUGGUCUAUGCCAUUCACUACUUCUUCUCUAAGCUCCAGAUCACUGGCCUGGCCAGCACCAUCCUCUACUUCGGAUACACCAUGAUAAUGGCUCUCAUCUUCUUCCUCUUCACAGGUACGAUUGGAUUCUUCGCCUGUUUCUGGUUCGUCACUAAGAUCUACAGCGUGGUGAAAGUCGACUGAAGUCACCACCCACCUGCAUCCACUCAGCUCACCGGCCCUCCUCCACGCUGCCUUGAGCGGGGCCGCCCGGAGGUCAAGGGAGUUUCACAUUGUUUGUGACGUCCCGUUGCUGUGGCAACGCUCAGCUUCAUCCACUUCACACCAACCCCUACCCCCCCCAACAAAAAGAGCUUCUACAGUUUCCAUAACCCUUGAAAAGUGCGUGCGUGCGUGUGCGUGUACAUGUGCGUGUGCAUGUGUGUGUGUGUGUGUGCGCGCGCACAUGCUCUCAUACAUAAGCAUAAUAAACUGUUUAAUCAAUGGGAAGUGACAUACUCUAGUGAAAACGCACACAUACACACACUCUUGCCCACACUACGAAUGAAGUCAAACAAUCGCCAUCUCUAUUUCUAGGUCAAUGGCAAUGUAAAUACAAGUGACAUUUCGCUAAUGUUUAAGUGAAAUUAUCAUGCAUAAACCAACCAAUGUAGGUAGUUUUUGAGUUUGUCAUGAAAACUUUUGCGGCGUUAGAAGAUGACUGUAAAUAGCUUUUCUUUUUUUUUUUUUUUUUUCUUACGCUGAAAAUGUGAUUUAAGGAGAAAAAAAAAACCAACCCUGAAGGACAGUGAAAGAGGUGAGAGGAAUUCAGUGAGGCUUCGUUUGACAGAGGCUGGUGUUAUCUUUUUCUGUUGUUUGUUUGUUUGUUUUUGUUUUUGUUUUUUGUUUUUCUUUACUCACAUUGUUAUCAUACUUUAUUUCUUACAACUUUUAAUUCCCGAGCGUUUCUUAUUAACCAGCCGAGGUUACGUCACGUUUAUAUUUAACUUUAUAUUUUUCUUUUCUUUUCUUUUUUUCUUUUUUUCCCGCUCUUUUAAUGCCUCAUCAUUCUCUGUGCCUCAUGAUUACAGAGGGAAAACGAGUUGGUGUUCUAUCUUAUUUACCUUCUCUCCUCUCAAAUUUUAUCAAAUAACAGUGUGAAAUGGGGGAGUCCAUCUAUUCGUUCACGGGGAAACUUUUUUGUUUUGUUUUGUUUGUUUUUUUUGAAGUGGUUAUAGACGCAUACAUAACUACAGUACAUAUGUGGAUAAAUUAUAAUGGCUUCGUUUGAAAUGACUUGGAUUUGUUACCUUUCUCUUCCUCUGCUGAUUUGAAAUAUUGACACAGAUAAUAAUAAAAAAAAAAAAAAAAUUGUACGUUGAGGAAAUAAAAGUAUUUCCCUGUCCAACAUUAA